CCACUCCACUUAGACAAACACACAACACAAUCUUAUCUUCUUUUUCUUCUUCUAAUAAAACUAAAACCAACUUCAAUUUCAAGUAACACAUAAUAACUUCUCUUAUGGCUAACGCCGAAGAAGUUUCAGCUCUUAAAAGCAUCAAAUAUCAUCUCCUUGGUGAAUUUUCACCACUUCCAUCUCCAAUUUCACAACCUUGGAGCUUUGAUUUUGAUUUUCAAUUUCAAACCAACCAAACCAAUCAUGAUUCUUCAAUCUCUUUGGAUCAUUAUUUCAAUAAUCUUAUGGAAACAGAGACACAGAUUCCGAUCUUUGAGUUUGACUCCAAACCUCAAACAACUGAACCUGAGAGCCCUAAAGCCCUAAUUUCUCAACCUCAGCCAACAGUAGAGAAGAAUUCUCAACUGAAGAGAAAACCUUCGUUGGAAAUUGCUCUCCCGAAUAAAACCGAAUGGAUCCAAUUCAGUAAACCAGAUCCGAAACCGGAAGUGGUUGUGCAGAAACCGGAAGUUGUUGAGAAACAGCACUACAGAGGAGUUAGACAGAGACCGUGGGGAAAGUUCGCCGCCGAGAUCCGCGACCCGAACAAGCGCGGCUCGAGACUGUGGCUUGGAACUUUCGAAACGGCUAUCGAAGCCGCUAAAGCGUACGAUCGUGCAGCUUUUAGGCUGCGCGGAUCUAAAGCGAUUCUCAACUUUCCACUUGAAGUCAACGCCAUGGCAGUGGCGGCAGCGGAGGCGGCGGAGAACUCCGGUGACAAUAAAAAACGUUGCCGUGAACAGGAAGAUGAUGAAGUGGUGGAAGUGAAACCGGUGGUGAAAAAGGAGAAAACGGAGGAAUUUGAUGUGAACUGUAUUAAAGAGAUGCCGUUAACGCCGUCAAGUUGGACUGGGUUUUGGGACUGUGAUUUUAAGGGGAUUCCACCGUUCUCGCCGUUAUCUUCCUUUUGUUUUUCACCUCUAGUGGCUGUGUGAAUUUCUAUUUUAGGGCUCUUUUGUUAUCGUCAAAUGUAUAUUUCAUCAAAUUAUUUAAUUUAUCGACUGAAAAUUUCUCUA